CGCUCGCGGGUUUCGUGUUCCGGUGCUGAAUUCGACAUCGCACGUCAAGGAAGAAGAGACCCGGGAGGAUAAGAAGCCGACGAGGAGGACGGGAGCUCGGAACGGUGCGAGAGAAUUCUUUGGAAGGAGGAUGGGGUCCCGAGACGUGGUUUCUUUCGUGGGCUUGUCCGAGUUGAGCCUGGAAAUGGCUGCCUCGCUGCUUCGAGCUGGGUAUAAAGUCCAGGCGCUUCAGCAAACUGGCCCUCUGAUGGAUGCUUUUGUGAAGCUUGGUGGAAGCCAGUGCAACUCUCCUAUAGGAGGAGGGAAAGCUUUGAUCGUGUUAAUAUCUCAUGAUGAUGAUAUAAAUAACCUGUUCUUCAGUUCAACAGGCGCUUGUAAAGAAUUGGAGAGAGACACUGUUGUCAUCCUUCACUCAAACAUUUUGCCAUCGCAUUUGCAGAAAAUAGAGAAGUGUCUAACAGAAAAUGCUGAGGUCUUUGUAGUAGAUGCAUAUGUGUCUAGGGGAACAUUUGAGCAUUUAAGCGGAAAGCUCGUGAUCUCUUCAUCAGGAAAAUCAGAUGCCAUUGCUAUGGCGAGGCCUAUUCUCUCUGCAAUGUCUGACAAACUGUACAUAUUUGACGGAGAAAUUGGAGCAGGAAGUAAAUAUAAGUUGGUUAACGAUCUGCUUGAGGGAAUUCAUCUGGUUGCCGCAGUAGAGGCAAUUUGUUUGGGCAUCAAGGCUGGUAUUCAUCCUUGGAUUAUCUAUGACAUUAUUUCCAAUGCUGCUGGAAACUCAUGGAUUUUCAAAAACCAUGUCCCUGGACUAUUAAAGGGUAAUGGAACUGAAGAAUACCUCCUGGAUUUUAUUCAGAAGUUGGUAAGACACAGGAUUAUGUCGUCCAAUAAUUUGUUUUUUGAUGACUUGAGAGUUUAUGUGGGUUUUGUACAUAAUGUGGCUAAGUUGCAGACUUUUCCUGUCCCUCUGCUGUCCGUAGCUCAUCAGCAACUAAUACUUGCUUCUGCACAUGGUCGCCGAGACGAUGGAGACGUGAACCUUGUUAAGAUUUGGGAAGCAGUAUAUGGAGUAAACAUUAUCAGCGCAGCCAAUGAAGAAAAGUACUUCCCUGAACAACUUGCAGAAGAAAUUGCUGCAAAUUCACACACUGUCAGUCGAAUUGGUUUUAUUGGUCUUGGUGCAAUGGGAUUUGGCAUGGCAACUCACUUAGUGAAGUCAAAUUACUGCGUUUCUGGAUUUGAUGUCUAUAAACCAACUCUUGAUCGGUUUGCAAAUGCAGGUGGCUUGGUCGGAAACUCUCCUGCAGAGGCAUCUAAAGAUGUUGAUGUACUUGUGAUCAUGGUCACAAAUGAAGCUCAAGCAGAAAGUGUCCUAUACGGAGAUCUUGGUGCAAUCCCAGCACUUCCAUCUGGUGCAUCCAUAAUUCUUUCAUCCACUGUUUCUCCUGGAUUCGUGACUCAGCUGGAGCGACGGUUGCAAAGUGAAGGAAAAGAUCUGAAAUUGGUGGACGCCCCUGUUUCCGGCGGCGUUAAAAGAGCUGCUGAGGGAACACUCACGAUAAUGGCUUCUGGUAGUGAUGCUGCUCUUAAAAGCACCGGUUCAGUUCUCUCAGCAUUAAGCGAAAAGCUUUAUAUUAUCAAAGGAGGUUGUGGGGCUGGAAGUGUCGUGAAGAUGAUUAACCAAUUACUUGCGGGAGUUCAUAUUGCAUCAUCAGCUGAGGCAAUGGCUUUUGGAGCUUGCUUAAGUCUAAACACAAGAACAUUGUUUGAUGCGAUAACAAACAGCACAGGAAGCUCAUGGAUGUUUGAAAAUCGUGUUCCCCACAUGCUGGAUAAUGAUUAUACACCAUACUCAGCUGAUAUAUUUGUGAAGGAUCUGGGCAUUGUUUCACGUGAAUGUUCAUCACGUAAAGUUCCUCUUCACAUUGCAACAGUGGCACAUCAACUCUUCUUGGCAGGUUCUGCUGCUGGAUGGGGUCGGCAAGAUGAUGCUGGUGUAGUAAAGGUGUAUGAGACACUGACUGGUGUCAAAGUCGAAGGGAAACUUCCUAUGCUUAAGAAAGAAGUCAUUUUGCAAUCUCUUCCACCUGAGUGGUCAGUUGAUCCAGUUGAUGACAUACAGAGACUAAAUCAGAACAGUUCAAAGACCUUAGUUGUUCUGGAUGAUGAUCCCACUGGAACACAGACUGUUCAUGAUAUUGAGGUAUUGACAGAAUGGACGGUUGAGUCACUUGUUGAGCAGUUCAAGAAAAAACCUACAUGCUUUUUCAUAUUGACUAACUCCAGGUCACUGAGUUCUGACAAGGCCAGUGCACUCAUCAAAGAUAUAUGCCAAAACCUGCAGUCGGCGGCAAAGUUGUUGGAGAAUGUGGACUACACGGUAGUUCUAAGGGGUGACUCAACUUUAAGAGGUCAUUUUCCAGAGGAGGCUGAUGCUGCUGUUUCUGUUCUUGGUGAGAUGGACGCAUGGAUCAUCUGCCCCUUUUUUCUUCAGGGAGGACGUUAUACCAUCAAUGAUGUUCAUUAUGUUGCAGAUGCUGAUAUGCUUGUUCCUGCGGGGGACACGGAAUUUGCAAAAGAUGCUGCUUUUGGAUAUAAAUCAUCAAACUUGCGUGAGUGGGUUGAAGAGAAAACUGGAGGCCGCAUUCCUGCAGGUGGUGUAUCAUCUAUUUCAAUCGAACUGCUGAGGAAAGGUGGUCCUGAUGCCGUUUGCCAGUUCCUUUGCAGUUUGAAAAAGGGUUCAACAUGUGUAAUAAAUGCAGCUAGUGAAAGAGACAUGUAUGUAUUUGCGGCAGGAAUGAUAAAGGCAGAACUGCAAGGAAAGCAUUUCUUGUGCCGCACUGCAGCUAGUUUUGUUUCUGCCCGGAUUGGAAUUAUCCCACAAGCCCCAGUUUUACCCAAAGAUUUAGGAAUAACCAAAGAGAAGACUGGGGGACUAAUAGUUGUGGGAUCAUAUGUUCCAAAAACAACAAAACAGCUUCAAGAGCUUAAAUUACAGUGCGCGCAGAUCAUAAAAAGUAUAGAGAUUUCUGUUGAUAAAGUUGCCAUGAAAUCAAGAGAAGAGAGGGAGGAGGAAAUUGAGAAAGCAGCGGAGAUGGCAGAUGCAUUUCUUCGAGCUCGUACAGACACUCUGAUUAUGACAAGUCGGGAGCUAAUUACGGGGAAAAAUCCUUCUGAGAGUCUGGAGAUCAACUUUAGGGUGAGCUCAGCACUGGUGGAAGUAGUCAGGAGGAUUAAAACCAAACCUCGUUACAUCCUUGCAAAGGGUGGAAUCACCUCAUCAGAUCUCGCUACAAAGGCCCUUGAGGCAAAGUGUGCGAAAAUAGUUGGACAAGCUCUAGCUGGUGUUCCUCUAUGGCAAUUAGGUCCUGAAAGCAGACAUCCAGGAGUUCCUUACAUUGUAUUCCCAGGUAAUGUUGGCAGCAGUACAGCACUGGCUGAAGUUGUAAAAUCGUGGGCUCCUCCAGGCAGACUUUCUUCCACAAAAGAACUUCUCAGGAAUGCAGAAAAAGGUUGUUAUGCCGUUGGUGCAUUCAAUGUUUAUAACUUGGAAGGAGUCCAAGCAGUUGUUGCUGCAGCAGAGGAAGAACAGAGUCCUGCUAUACUACAGAUCCAUCCAGCUGCCUUUAAGCAAGGAGGAAUUCCCUUAGUUGCCUGUUGCAUCUCUGCUGCGGAACAGGCUAAUGUUCCAGUCACAGUUCAUUUUGAUCAUGGAACUUCCAAGGAAGAUCUCGUGCAAGCCAUUAAUUUGGGAUCUCAUUCAGUAAUGGCAGAUGGUUCACAUCUCUCCUUUGAUGAUAAUAUCUCCUACACAAAGUUCAUAUCGUCUUUGGCCCACUCAAAAGGCCUGCUUAUUGAGGCUGAAUUAGGGAGAUUGUCAGGGACAGAGGAUGACCUGACUGUUGAAGAUUUUGAAGCAAGGCUAACUGAUGUUAAUCAGGCAGAAGAAUUUAUUGAUCGCACUGGUAUAGAUGCUUUGGCAGUGUGUAUUGGAAAUGUUCACGGAAAAUAUCCUCCCAGUGGUCCAAAGUUGAGGCUUGAUUUGCUUAAGGACCUGCAAUCUUUGACAUCCAAGAAGGGAGUCUCCUUGGUGCUUCACGGAGCUUCAGGCUUGUCUGAGGAACUCAUCAAGGAAUGCAUCCGAUUGGGCAUCAGAAAGUUCAAUGUCAACACGGAGCUGCGGAAGGCGUACAUGGAAUGCUUGAGCGAACCCAAAAAGAUCUUGUCAAUGUCAUGUGUCUGCAAGGAAGCUAUGAAGGCUGUCGUUGCAGAAAAGAUGCGCCUCUUUGGUUCAGCUGGAAAAGCAUGAUGACAAAAGCUGUUAUGUAAUUCUUCACCAGUUUCUCAAGGGAUUUGAAUAAAGGGUACUCACCUGGAGAUGUAAAGUACAUUAAUUUCGAGAAUAAUGAGACAUCUCCAUUGUUUUCAACUAUAUACUUGGUUGUCCCUGUGGCAUUUGUGAAAAGAUAUAUGGUCUCAUGUGUGAUGAGAUGGAUCAACCAAAAAUAUCAUCUGUCAAAAUUGCUCACAGAUAUCCUAAGAUUAAA